GCGGGGCCGGACGCCGGACACCCGAGCGCGGGCAGACGAACGAGCGGGAGGCAGGGCGGGCGCAGGGCGCCCUUGCCCGGAGCCAUGGGCGCAGCGCGGCGCGGGGCCCGGGAGCGGCGCGGCCCGGAGGCGCGAGGGGCCGGGGCGCGGGCCCGGGGCCGCCUGUAGCCGGCACCGAGGGCGCGGGCCCGGGGAUGAGGGCGACCGCGGCGGGGAGCCCGUCUGCGCGCCGCGGCGCCGUCCCGCCCAGAGAGCGAGCCCGAGCAGGUAGACGCGUGGCCGGCGGUCUGGGGGCGCGCCGCCUCCCGGACCCCAGAAUGUGAAGCGGGGAGGGCAGAGACGCAGAGACGGCCCGGCCGGGCGCCCUCGCCGCCCUCCGGCAGCCGCGCCGCGCUCCCCUUCCCCUGCCCGCCGAGGCCGCGCCGACCCCGCGGGCCACGGCCCGGGCAGCGAAGCCGCUGAGCCCCCGCGUCGCUCGGACGCGGCUUCGGCCCGCAGCGGGUUCGUGGCCCGGACGUGGUAGGAGCAGGGCCAGGGACGGUGCGUCCGGCCUCGCCCGCGGCUCCUCGCCCAGACAAGUUUGAACAAUGAUCACAGUCAACCCUGAUGGGAAGAUAAUGGUCAGAAGAUGCCUGGUCACCCUGAGACCCUUUCGGCUUUUUGUCCUGGGCAUUGGCUUCUUCUCACUCUGCUUCCUGAUGACGUCUCUGGGAGGCCAGUUCUCAGCCCGGCGCCCGGGGGACUCCCCCUUCACUGUCCGCACAGAAGUGAUGGGUGGGCCGGAGUCCCGCGGUGUCCUCCGCAAGAUGAGUGACCUGUUGGAGCUGAUGCUGAGGCGCAUGGACACGCUGGCCAGACUGGAGAACAGCAGUGAGCUACACCGGGCUGCUGGCGACAGGCGCUUCCCUGUGGACAGGCUACCCCCCGGGGCCGGCCUCAUGGAGCGGAUCCAGGCCAUAGCCCAGAACGUCUCGGACAUCGCCAUGAAGGUGGACCAGAUCCUGCGCCACAGCCUGCUCCUGCACGGCAAGGUGUCUGAAGGCCGGCGGGACCAGUGUGAGGCACCCAGCGACCCCAAGUUCCCUGACUGCUCAGGGAAGGUAGAGUGGAUGCGUGCCCGCUGGACCUCUGACCCCUGCUAUGCCUUCUUCGGGGUGGACGGCACCGAGUGCUCCUUCCUCGUCUACCUCAGUGAGGUCGAGUGGUUCUGUCCCCCGCUGCCCUGGAGGAACCGGACGGCCACCCAGAGAGCCCGCAAGCCCCUCCCCAAAGUCCAGGCAGUUUUCCGGAGCAAUCUAUCCCACCUCCUGGAGCUGAUGGGCAGCGGGAAGGAGUCUCUGAUCUUCAUGAAGAAACGUACCAAGCGGCUCACGGCCCAGUGGGCACUGGCUGCCCAGCGCCUCGCGCAGAAGCUGGGGGGCGCCCGGCGGGACCAGAAGCAGGUCCUUGUCCACAUUGGCUUCCUGACGGAGGAGUCUGGGGACGUGUUCAGCCCGCGGGUGCUGAAGGGCGGGCCGCUGGGGGAGAUGGUGCAGUGGGCAGACAUCCUGGCUGCUCUCUACGUCCUGGGCCACGGCCUCCGGGUCACGGUGUCCCUGAAGGAGCUGCAGAGUAACUUAGGGGUGCCGCCAGGCCGGGGGAACUGCCCGCUCACCGUGCCCCUGCCUUUCGACCUCAUCUACACCGACUACCACGGCCUGCAGCAGAUGAAGCAGCACAUGGGACUCUCCUUCAAGAAGUACCGGUGCCGCAUCCGGGUCAUCGACACCUUUGGGACGGAACCUGCAUACAACCACGAGGAGUACGCCACCCUGCACGGCUACCGGACAAACUGGGGCUACUGGAACCUCAACCCUAAGCAGUUCAUGACCAUGUUCCCUCACACCCCGGACAACUCCUUCAUGGGCUUCGUGUCCGAGGAGCUCAACGAGACGGAGAAGCAGCUCAUCAAAGGCGGCAAGGCCAGCAACAUGGCCGUGGUGUACGGCAAGGAGGCGAGUAUCUGGAAGCUCCAGGGGAAGGAGAAGUUCCUGAGCAUCCUGAACAAGUACAUGGAGAUCCACGGCACCGUGUACUACGAGAGCCAGCGGCCCCCCGAAGUCCCGGCCUUCGUGAAGAACCACGGCCUCUUGCCGCAGCCUGAGUUCCAGCAGCUGCUGCGCAAGGCCAAACUCUUCAUAGGGUUUGGCUUCCCCUACGAGGGCCCUGCCCCGCUGGAGGCCAUCGCCAAUGGCUGUGUCUUCCUGCAGUCCCGCUUCAGCCCGCCCCACAGCUCGCUCAACCAUGAGUUCUUCCGGGGCAAACCCACCUCCAGAGAGGUGUUCUCCCAGCAUCCCUACGCAGAGAGCUUCAUUGGCAAGCCCCACGUGUGGACUGUCGACUACAACAACUCAGAGGAGCUCGAAGCAGCCAUCAAGACCAUCGUGAGAACCCAGGUGGACCCCUAUCUGCCCUACGAGUACACGUGUGAGGGGAUGCUGGAGCGGGUCCAUGCCUACAUCCAGCACCAGGACUUCUGUGCGGUCCCAGGCCCUGCCCCCGCAGGGGUCCGAGCCCCGGAGAGCCCCUUCAUCCUGGCCCCCAACGCCACUCACCUCAAGUGGGCCCGCAACGCCAGCUUGGCCCCCGGGGCCUGGCCCCCAGCGCACUCCCUCCGGGCCUGGCUGGCCGCCGCUGGGAGGGCCUGCACGGACGCCUGCCUGGACCACGGGCUGAUCUGCGAGCCCUCCUUCUUCCCCUUCCUCAACAGCCAGGACGCCUUCCAGACGCUGCAGGUGCCCUGUGAUGGCACUGAGUCGGAGAUGAACCACCUGUACCCGGCCUUUGCCCAGCCGGGCCAGGAGUGCUUCCUGCAGAAGGAGCCUCUGCUCUUCAGCUGCGCCGGCUCCAGCAGCAAGUACCGCCGGCUCUGCCCCUGCCGAGACUUCCGCAAGGGCCAGGUGGCCUUGUGCCAGGACUGUCUGUGAGGGCGCCCACCCGGCUGGCCCUCCCCGCCGCAGGAGAAAGCACCAGCAGAUUC